ACCAAAAACCGGCCAACUUCUUCUCUGGGUGGAGCCAAGGAGCACCCAGGCGCAUCGCCUGAAAUCUACUUAAAACAGGAAAAGAAGAAAGCAAAAAAAAAAAAAGCACAACUAAAACAAGUGUGGAGUCCAACGGUGACUGCAGCAUAGAUGCUGCGGACAAUCGUCUCUGUGGGAUAGUUGAACAGGAUGGAAGUUGGCCGAUACCAUUUGUGGUCCCUGUUUCUCCUGGGAGCCCUUUCAGGUUGUAUUUGUGUCAACCCAACUACUGAUACCACUGAAAUCAUUCCAACAACAAAGAAACCCAAUAACACAGGUCGAACCCCUGAAAGCCCCAAAGAAUACAUUGUAACGACCAAGACUACACCAACUGAUUCCACCUGUCAUAAGUCCAUACAGGUGAUGCAACAGCGUUCCCCGCCGCCCAUCGUCGUGAAACCCGUAGAUACCUCUCGCAUCAUUUUGGAAGGGAAUUCUGCCACCCUGGAGUGUCAGUUUAAGGCCCCGCCGGAAGCAUCGGUUUUCUGGAAAAAAUCUUGCUCCCCAAACUGUAGCAGCAAUUUUGACGUCUCCAACACCAGAAACCGCAUCAUCUCUACAAACGUCCCUCAGGGCUGGUCAAAGGUCUCUUUUCAUUCAACCCAAAAGAACGACACUGGCAUGUACUACUGCUUUGUGGUUUCUUCCAGUAGUCAUGGGCAAUCCUGUGGAACCUUUCUGUGGGUCAGGAGACCUCGCCCCGUCUCCUUCUUGAAUAUGAGUGAAUCAAUUAAAAACAAGAUUAUCACUGUGGAGGGAUUUCUUCUGCUUAUCUGUGCCAUUGGUCCUGGCCUUUUUCUGCUCUUCAAGAAGAGAUGGGAAAAUGAGCGCCUCUUGCAGGCCAAGAAGAAAGCUUGUGAAGAGGAGAAUCUGUAUGAAGGACUGAAUCUGGAUGAUUGCUCAAUGUAUGAAGACAUCUCCAGGGGUUUACAAGCUACCUACCAAGACAUAGGCAAUGUCAAAGUGAUUGAUUUACAGCUAGAGAAACCAGAGAAACCAUGAAUUAAAAAUGCCUGAUUGUCAUUUUCUCGUUUAUUGAAAAUAGUUAUUUUUAAAAAAAAUAUUGGUAUCUCUUGCUAUAAUGUGUAUAUAUGUGAUGGUAAUUCUGUAUUUUCCUAUUCUUAGAUAAUAAUAACUGUAUAAAUUUAACCUUGAGGAGAGAAGUGAGCUCUAAAAAUUGGUUUGAAUAGAAUAUCAUUAAUGAUAUAAGCAAAAACAUAUUCUUUGAUUUUCCAAACAAAAUACUCGGAUUAUAUGUUAUUUUGUAUUUCCGAUUCCUGAUUGCCAUUAUUUUAAAAAGAAGCAUCUCUCUGAGAUUCUGAAACAUAAGCAAUGGUUAAACAUUACCCAUGGUGACAUUUACAAUCCAUUAAUUCCUUAUGCUUGCUUUCAACCACUCAAUUUGAGUAAAAAGAAGCACAUCUGUAAACCAUAUUUGCAUUCAUUUCAAAUUAACAUUUUCUCCUCUGAAUUGAAUGUUUAAAAAUUAUCUCAUAUUUGUAGAAAAGCCUUAUUGUGGAUGGUGCUAAUUGGUAGUGUGUAUGUUCUCACUAAAGAAACAAAGAAAAAUGUCAUCACAUAUCCAAUAUUUGGAGUAGCUGCAUAUAGCAUUUUUUAAAAUAUAAACCUAAUAAAAUAAAUGUCUCAUUUCCCUGCAAAAACAGAAAUGGAUAACAAUCUUUGUGAUGUUUAUAUGAAGAAAUAAGAUAUAAGAAGUCUAGGAUGUCAGCAACAGUUCUCCCUGGUAGAACAUUAAUUCUUAUGACAUCUGCAAAAAGAAAAAUAAUUAAAAGGAAAAGGUGGAAUGAUGAC